AACAAUUUUUCCCAUACACCCACGUUUCUUGGUUGUCUGUUGACAUUGUCAAUGUAAGCUGUCAGCAUCAUCUGUGUCUGUCAAAAAUGUCAAGAUUACAUGAAACUUUGAAACAGGAAAUAUAAAAAUAACAAAAUCAUUAAAAAUAAAAGAAAAAUUCAACAACACAUGUGGCGUAGUGGAUUCAUUGAGUUCCUUUGUGUAAAAUUGAACACCAUGAAUCUGUUAAGUGAUAUUCUACUAAUAAAAUAAUGUUCUAAUACGCAGUGCUAUUCAGGAAAUGAACUAUAAAUUCUGUGUUUCUUUGCGAUUCAUAAUUUAAGUGUGGUGAAUAAUGUUUCGGAGUAGAAGUUGGUUUGGGGGUGGAUGGGGUCGACCUAAAAAUCCCCAUUCCUUGGAAAGAUUAAAAUAUCUCCAUAAUAUUUUAUGUAAGAAUACAACUGUAUCCGAGAGUAAUCGGGGCAUUUUGGUAGAGUCCUUGAGGUGCAUUGCCGAAAUUUUAAUAUGGGGCGAUCAAAAUGAUAGUUCUGUGUUCGACUUUUUCCUAGAAAAGAAUAUGUUGUCAUAUUUCUUGAAAAUAAUGAGACAAAAGUGUGGUGGAUCUUCAUAUGUUUGUGUGCAGUUAUUGCAGACUCUCAAUAUUCUCUUUGAGAAUAUAAGGAAUGAAACAUCUCUUUAUUAUUUAUUAAGCAACAACCAUGUAAAUUCAAUUAUUGUUCAUAAGUUUGAUGUAUCUGAUGAGGAAGUCAUGGCGUAUUAUAUAUCCUUUUUGAAAACUCUCAGCCUGAAGCUAAAUAAUCAUACCAUUCACUUUUUCUAUAAUGAGCAUACAAAAGAUUUUCCACUAUACACGGAAGCUAUCAAAUUCUUUAAUCAUCCAGAAUCUAUGGUUCGCAUAGCUGUACGGACUCUCACAUUAAAUGUUUAUCGAGUACAAGACGCAAGUAUGCUUCGUUUUAUAAGAGAUAGAACUGCAGCACCAUACUUCAGUAAUCUAGUGUGGUUCAUUGGUAAACACAUAUUGGAAUUAGAUGCUUGUGUCAGGAAUGAUGCUGACCAUCAAUCACAACAAAAGCUUGACGACUUAGUUGCAGAACAUUUGGAUCACCUGCAUUACAUUAAUGAUAUUCUAUGUCUCAAUAUCCCAGAUUUAAACGAUGUCCUCACUGAGCAUCUCUUACACAAACUUCUCAUACCGUUAUAUAUUUAUUCUUUAACCUCCUCCUCCAUUAAACGUCCGACCACAUCGUCUCCAUAUAACAGAGACCACAUACAAAGUAUUGAAGUGAUUACACGCAACCUUGAAGCUAUUCUAUCCGGUAGGAGUGCAGAUGUGCCGCCGCGAAUAAAAUAUCCAAUACAAAAAAUGGACUCGGAAGAUGAAUCGAAACCAUCGGUGUCUUGCGUGGUUGCCCUAUUUCUUUUAUCGCAAGUGUUCCUAAUUAUAACGCACGGCCCUAUUGUCCACGCUUUGGCCUGGAUUAUUCUACAAUCUGAUUUAUCUAUAUUCGAAGAUGGGGCGAUGAAAAUAUUAGACUUGUAUAUAAGUAGUGCAAAGUCCAAUGUCAAAUUGGAGUUCUCGAAGCCCCAGUUGAGUUUAGAAAAGGCUUUGGAAUGUUCCACGUGUCAUGAUAGGGAUUAUACAACGCCUGAAUAUAGUGGCGCUAAAGCCUUCGGUUAUGACACAGAUCAUUCCAGCUGUGACCUUGAUCCUGAGUUAGUAUCCACCUCUCUUCCGUCCACAUCGCAUAUAAGCGAAACUUCAAGUAUUGCUCACGAUUCUACAGAGGACCUGGUCACGCAAAUACAGUCCCUAAAGUCGCCUACCGUUAAGGAAAAUAUGCCCGAUUCUCCUUUACCAGAUUCUGGUAUCGAUUCGAGCUCUUCUAAAACUGUAUCCGAAUUUAAUAAUAUAACGGACGAAGAAAAGCAACAAUUAUUAGGUUCCAUGCCGACUACGUCAACAGAAAAGACCAUGACAUUAGAAGGUGUAAUUGAAAUGGAGAGCAGAAAUAUAGAGAAAAAGCCUUUCAUAAAAACUGUUUUGGACUCCUUGGAUUGUAAUGAGGAUGAUUACAAGGCAUUAUUUGCAUUGUGUCUAUUGUAUGCUCUGAUUAACAAUAAAGUCGGAGUAAGCAAUGAGCUAUUGGACACAUUACUACGAUCUGAACUAGAUGAUAGUGGCAAAGUAAUAGUGUCCAAUGAAAAUAGUCAGGAAGAAAGUAGUAGCGCACAGGAAGGAACGCCUCAGCCGAUAAAAUCAAAAGAUAGCUUUAAUGCUUUGUUAAUAUCCAAAUUGAUGUCUAUAGCGUACCUUAGCUGUAAACCUGCGUCGAAAGUGCGUCUAGUCACGUGCGAGUUAACGGUGCGUUUACUCAAAACGGCCAUGGAGGGGUCGGGGGGUAUAGCGAGCGCGCGCCACCUCGCCGCCGCGGACAGCUUGCGGGCGAGGGCCGCCGCAUUAGCUAGGAACUUUUAUAAGUGCGACGAUAUAUUCUUGGACAUGUUUGAGGAUGAGUACUGUGAAAUGAGUAAACGUCCAUUGAACGUGGAAUGGCUCUGUAUGGAUGCGGCUAUAUUGCUUCCGCCGACUAAAACGCCUAUGUCCGGGAUUGCCUUUGAGAAAAGACUUCCAAGUGGCGAGAUGGAGCGGGCUCGUCGUGCUAUCCGGACGUUUUUCCUUAUCAGAGAUUUGUAUCUUAAGUUGUCCGGAAAGCAAGAAACGCAAUUGCCUUUAGCAAACCAUGCGCCGUUCGUACAAGUGGGCAAAACAUUAGAUCUCAAUGACUCCGACCUAAUAUCGUGUGACAUCAUACAGAAAGAUGGCACUUGGCACCAUCGAUUCCUCGCCGUGGACAAUAUUCAGAUAAUUCUGGUGGAGCCGGACAAACAGAAGUUAGGUUGGGGAGUGGCGAAAUUGGUCGGCAGUUUGCAGGAUUUAGAGAUAACAGGCGACAAGGAUGACCCCAGGUGUCUACACUUAACCAUUCACAAACCACGUGUCGGAGCCACCGGAGUGUCGCCGCGGACUGUGCUACUGCGCGCUAAGUUUAAGUUCGACGACCAUAUACGGAGCAUGGCGGCUAAGCAGAGGCUCACUAAGGGCCGUACAAAAUCACGCCAAAAGAAGAUGCAACAGAUCGGUCGUCUUCUAGAAGUUUCUGGAAUAUCAGCGCCCACUAUGGCGCCGCGACACCGCCCACUAUUCGCUAGGCCCUCCUUGACAACUGUUCGAAGGCAUUCGGGUAUAGAAGGUGACGAUUCAGAUAGAAGGUUGCGUCGUCCGAGCGGACACGUACUCAAGGACGGUAUCGUUGUCUAUCGGGAACGGACCACAACCAGCAGGGAGAGCAGCGUGUCGCGCGGCAGCAGCGGGCGCGCCGCGUCGCGGGACGGCUCGCCGCGCGCGCGCGACGAGGAGAUACCGCUCGAGAACAUACAGCGCGCCGCCGCGCACGUGCCGCAGAAUCUUCCAAGCACAUCCCAAACCCCAAGAGUGUCUCGCACUUCAUCAGAAGAAACCUCUUUCAUAUCCGGGGAGACGAGACCCAAAAGAAAAGGUAUCAUAGAGACCAUUUGAUAUUAGCUUUACCCUCGAAAUUAAAUUAAUAUGGAAGAGAUAUUGUUUUUAUCAAAUAUUUUUGAGAAAGUCUCAAAAAAAAAACAUAUUGUGGAAAUUCUUGUUGUUAUCAUGGCAAGUCGGAAAACAAAAUUCGAGGCUUUUGAAAUAUUGCGUAGAUUGAUCAUUGCGUAAAUUAAUGUUUUAAUAAUUAUACUGGCUGCUAUGUAGGAUUGGAGAUAUCGAAUAAAUAUCAUGUAUAUCAAUAAAUCAUCAUGGAAAUGUCUUGGAAAAAUCAUGGAAAUAAUUGUUAAUAUAAAGAACGGUUUAACUACAUAACUCAUAGAAAAUGUUUCCAAAGGUGUAAAAGCGUUAACGCAAGACCAUUUUAUUAAGUUAUGACGUCAUAGACAUCCAUGACUCGCUUGUUUCUAAAACGAACGAAGCCUAAUCUGAAUGUCAUAUCUACAUUCAGACUAUAUAAAGUAAGGACAGUUACAGUCCAUUUGCAAGCGUAUCGUGUUGCAUUGAGUUAUAUAUAUUUUUAAUACACAUAAUAUUAAGUAGUUAAAUUAAAGAUGUAAUUAUAAUACAGUUCAUUAAAUAUCUAUUAACCAUUUCCCAUAACCAUAUUAUAAUGUAAUGUAAUUAUACUUUCCUGUUUAUAACACGUUCACCUCCUUGUCUUCCGUCAUACCAAUUAGUUAGUAAAAUAAUAACGUAUAAGCAACUAAUAACAAAUUUUAUCACCUGCUAUCUCGCUCGUUCAUGAGCGUUAAGAGACUUGCUAUCCCACUCACAAUUAUGGAUGUCAAUAUUAUGAGUAUUACAUUACGUGCAGCCAAUGAAGUAUCAGUUCAAUUUGCCAUCUGCGAUCUCACUCGCGCAUGUGCAUUAAGAGGCAUUGUAUCUCCCUCACUCGAGAUUGUGUUCUAAAUUUUGAUGGGUUCUUUUAUUAUUCUAAUAUGUAUAUUAACACAAGUUUGUAGACAGCUCUUACUUGAAAUGUUCUAUAAUACACUGUUGUUCUAUAAAUUAUGGUUCUUAAUUGCAAUAAUUUUAAUAAGUUGUAUAUCAAAUUGCAACCAGAUAUCCAGAUAAGUCGGAUAUUACCGUAAUUAUACUUUUUGAUAGUUUUUAAAACCUUACUCAUAUCCUCUAAGUAUCAUUGCUUUUUUAUUUUUUGUAAUUUU